AUGGGCGGCUCCUGCAGCUGUGACGGCGAUGCCGACAAAGGAGACGGGCAGGAGCUGCAAUUGAUGUCCGAAAAAGCUGUGUACAACCUGAUUGAUGCCAGAUCCCUGCGGGACUUCAUCGUGGAUUCCAACAUCCGUCUGGUGCGAGCGGAGUACCUGUGGAAGCUGACCCGAAAGGGGAAGAGGGUGCUCCGGCGGCAGGAGACGGAGAGUGAGUUGUGCGAGGACGGUCGCUCCGCCUUGGUCACCCACGCAGAAAUGCGGGCCUGGCGGGGCGAGCAGGAUGAUGCCCUCAUCAUGUCUGUUUCACACUGCUGGGAAUCCCGUGAGCAUCCCGACCCUUGUGGGCACCAGCUGGAGCAGGUUGCCAAGGCCACGAUGAUGUACCACUUAGCUUACGGGGUUCCCAUUUGGCUCUUUGUCGAUUACAUGAGCCUUUUUCAGUACAAGCGCUCCGAAGGGGAGCAGGAGCUUAGCUUCAGGGCCGCCAUGAACAAUAUGCAUGUUUUCUAUGCGCACGACUCGACUUACACGUUGCGCGUGGAGGGCCUGACGCCCGCGGCCCGGUGGGAGAAGUGCAAGGACGAACGCAUACUCAUCUUCCACGAGCCCAGCGGCGGCGUGGUGCCCGUGCCCGUGCACAGUCUCACCCGUAACGACACGCCCUACGAAGAGCGGGGGUGGUGCCGGGCCGAGCUCGAGUGGUCGAGCUGCCGCAAAGAGAGCUGGCGGAACGUGCGCAUCGACGGGGACCCGGGAGCUCGGCCCGGCACCGACAGUGGCGCUAACAUGGCGUCAGAUUUCAAGGGCCGUGUCCCAAGGACGCCCGGCGACUUCGCGGCAGGAGUAGGGGCCCUGAAAUUCACUCACCGGAGUGACCUGGAGCCGGUGAUCCGUCUGCAGGCAAAAAUCUACCACGAGAAGGUCGCGGACUGCGAGGUGGCCGCCUUCGAGAACCUGUCGGGUGCGGAGGUGUUGAGAUUGGCCUCCGCCCUGCCGGACUUCCGGAAGCUCCGAUCGCUGACCCUCCGGCACAUCGAGUGCGACGAACAGCAGGCGGCCAAGCUGAUGCAGGCCAUGCAUGAAUCGUCUGUGACGGACCUUGAGUUCGUCGAGCUGCUCGAGCUGGAGAUCGCUCUUCCGGUAGCCAAGGCUGUGGCGGAGAUUCUGAAGGCCGAGGGCUCCUCCCUACGCCGCCUCGCCUUCCGGGACUGCCUCGACUUCUAUCGGCCAUCACGGUUCAUGAGGGGGAAAGACUUGGCGGAGGAGCUGGCGGAGGCCGUGGCCGGCAACGCCGCGCUCCGCGAGCUGAGCCUGGCCAACUGCCUGGUCGGAGACGCCGGCGCCGAGGCCUUCGCUCGUGCCCUCGGGACGAACCGCGCCCUCCGAAGCUUCAAGCUCGAAGGGAAAGCGAACGAUCUCUGCGGGGUCGAGGAUGAACAAGGCGGCUGGAAAUUUGACAUCGGAGACCGUGGCGCGCAGGCGCUUGCUCGGGCGCUGGAAGGCAACGCGAGCCUCACGGCGCUCGGCCUGGGCCAUCAGAGAAUCAUGGAUAAGGGUGUGCAGGCUCUCCAGGAAGCCGUGAGGAAGAACCACACCGUCGAACGCAUCGACCUUUGGGGGCGGUAUGUUCGGAUGACAGCUGAGCAGCGCCAGCACCUCGGCGGGGUGUUCAAGCUCGACGAAUCGGAGGCCUCGGAUGGUGGCGAUGCCGGCGGCCCUGGCAGACUCCUGCAGCCUCAAAUCCCGGUGCUGGCAGAGCGGCUGAGGGCCAACGCGGCGGUCGCAACGUGGACCCAACUAAACCUCGGCGGAAGUCUCAAGGCCCAAGCAGUGAAGGCUCUUGCCGACUUUCUCAAGGUCACGGUCAACACAACGCUCCGCAUCAUCAGGCUUGCAGAGAACGGCUUGGGAGACGAAGGGGUGCAGGCCUUGGCCGAGGCCCUCAAGGUCAACACGACCAUCCGGGAGAUCAAUCUUCGGGAUAACAACAUCGGACCUGCCGGAGCGGAGGCCUUGGCCGAGGCCCUCAAGGUCAACAAAACCGUCCAGAAGAUCAAUCUUUCCCAUAAUAUCAAGAUCGGAGAUGCGGGAGUGAAGGCUUUGGCCGAGGCCCUCAGGAUCAACACGACCCUCCAGGAGAUCGAACUUCUUUACACCACAAGGGGAGAUGCGGGAAGGGAGGCCCUGGCGAAGCUCCAAGAGGCGAGGCCAGGCCUGAGGAUCAGGGACGCGGAGGUGCGAUCGAAGGAGGUUUCGUCUGAAGAGGAGGAAGGAUCUGAAGAGGUAUAUGAAGAGUGA